ACUUUUGGUAUUCAACAACUACCCGGAGACAUUCUCAUUAUUUCAUGCUUCAUUUCAUAUGUUGGGUGCUUUACGCGGGCUUAUCGCCAGGAGUUGCAAGAAAAAUUGUGGAUGCCUGCAUUCAAAAAUAGUCAACCGCCUAUACCUUCGACUGAUGGAGUUGAUCCUUUUGAGAUGAUUUGCGAUGACGCGCAGAUUGCGGAGUGGAACAACCAAGGAUUACCAAGUGAUCGAAUGUCAGCGGAAAAUGCUGCAAUUUUGGUGCAGUCUGAACGAUAUCCCCUUAUGAUUGACCCUCAACUUCAGGGAAUAAAAUGGGUCAAGACUAAGUAUGGAACUGCGUUGGUAGUGCUAAGACUUUCGCAACGGAAUUAUCUAGAUCAAGUUGAGAGAGCAGUCAGUAAUGGAAGUGUAUUACUUAUUGAAAAUAUAGGUGAAAAUAUUGAUCCGGUCCUAAAUCCUCUUCUAGGACGCCAGUUGAUAAAGAAGGGAACCGUCUUAAAGAUUGGAGAUAGAGAAAUAGAUUUUAAUUCCAGAUUUCGCCUAAUUCUGCAUACCAAAUUAGCAAACCCGCACUACAAACCUGAGAUGCAGGCACAAACAACUCUCAUAAACUUUACCGUUACCCGGGAUGGACUAGAAGAUCAGUUGUUAGCUGAAGUAGUUAAAGUGGAGCGCCCCGAUCUAGAGGCAAUGCGCACACGCUUAACCCAGCAGCAGAAUCACUUUAAAAUUACACUGAAGUUUCUAGAAGACGAUUUGCUUGCUCGCUUAUCUUCUGCUGGAGACAACGUCCUUGAAGAUGUGACUCUGGUAAUGAAUCUAGAAAAGACAAAAAAAACUGCUGACGAAAUAGAAGUCAAAGUUGCAGAGGCAAAAAUAACUGGUGUCCAAAUAGAUUCAGCUAGAGAGGCGUACCGUCCUGCCGCUGAACGCGCUUCUAUUAUAUACUUUAUUCUUAACGACCUAUUUAAAAUCAAUCCAAUAUAUCAGUUCUCGUUAAAGGCAUUUACAGUGGUGUUUAACAAUGCAAUGCUAAAAGCAAUGGCUGCUGAAAAGCUUAAAGACCGCGUAGAGAAUCUGAUAGACUCGAUAACUUUCUGUAGCUUUGUCUACACCUCACGAGGAUUAUUUGAGCAGGAUAAGCUUAUUUUCUUGACACAAUUGUGCAUUCAGAUCCUAGUAAACCUUGGUGAAGUAGAGCCUACCGAACUUGAUUUCUUACUGCGCUUUCCUUAUAUGCCGAAUCAGACAUCCAAUUUCACAUGGCUAACUCACGUAGGGUGGGGAGGUAUAAGAGCGCUUAACAACCAGGCAGCAUUCAAGGGCCUUGAAAAGGAUAUUGAAGGAUCGCACAAGCGCUGGAAAAAGUUUGUAGACUCAGAGAGUCCUGAAAAUGAAAAGUUUCCAGGAGAAUGGAAAGGAAAAUCUGCCAUUCAAAGGCUCUGCAUAAUGCGUUGCAUACGCCCGGAUCGAAUGUCAUACGCCAUGCGCUCCUUCAUUGAAGAAAAACUUGGGUCUAAAUAUAUUGAUGCUCGCUCUAUGGAAUUCUCUAGGACUUUCGAAGAAUCCAGUCCAGAGACUCACAUUUUCUUUGUUCUCUCCCCCGGCGUUGAUCCCCUAAAAGACGUGGAAAAGCUUGGAAAAGUUUUAGGUUUUAGCUUUGAUCACGAAAACUUUCACAGCGUCUCGCUUGGCCAAGGCCAGGAAAUAGUCGCAGAAAACGCUAUUGAAAUUGCAUCCCAAUACGGGCACUGGGUCAUUCUACAAAAUAUUCACCUGGUCGCGCGCUGGCUACCCAGUCUGGAAAAAAAGAUGGAAUCGUCUCUUAUUAAUGUCCACACAAACUAUCGGCUCUUUCUAAGCGCUGAGCCGGCCGGUGAUCCUGCUGCUCAUAUCUUGCCUCAAGGAAUACUUGAAUCAGCCAUAAAAAUAACAAAUGAACCUCCUACUGGCAUGAUGGCCAACAUCCAUAAGGCCUUAGACAAUUUUAGCGACGAGACUUUAGAGAUGUGCUCGAAAGAGACUGAAUUUAAAGCUAUUCUUUUUUCUCUUUGCUAUUUUCAUGCCGUGGUAGCCGAGCGUAGGAAAUUCGGACCACAAGGCUGGAACCGUAGCUACCCGUUUAAUGUGGGCGAUUUGACAAUAUCAGUCUAUGUGCUGUACAAUUACCUGGAGGCCAAUACAAGAGUACCUUGGGAAGACCUACGAUAUCUUUUCGGAGAGAUUAUGUACGGAGGUCACAUUACAGAUGACUGGGACCGCCGCUUAUGCCGAACUUAUCUGGAGGAAUUUAUGCAGCCAGAGCUAAUUGAUGGUGAGCUAGAGUACUGUCAGGGUUUUCCGGCUCCAGGAAUACUUAAAUAUACUGGCUACCACAAUUACAUAGAUGAUAACCUUCCGUCUGAAAGUCCAUCUCUAUACGGCCUUCAUUCAAAUGCAGAGAUUGGGUUCCUAACUACUGUUUCUGAACGUCUCUUUCGAAUAGUUUUCGAGCUGCAGCCCAGAAUGACAGGUGGUUCUAGUAGUGGUGGUGAGACAGUCUCACAGGAAGACAUUAUAAAAAACAUAAUAGAAGAUAUACUGGACAAAACUCCAACACCAUUUAACAUUUUAGAAUUAAUGGGUCGUGUCGAAGACCGAAGUCCAUACAUUAUUGUGGCAUUUCAGGAGUGUGAGCGAAUGAACAAUCUUAUGACUGAGUUGAGGCGCUCUCUUAAUGAGCUUGACCUCGGCCUUAAAGGAGAAUUGACUAUUUCAUCAGUUAUGGAGGAUUUAAUGGUUUGUCUUUACAUGGACCAAGUGCCGGAACAGUGGACCAAGCUAGCCUACCCCAGCAUGCUAGGGCUACAAUCCUGGUUCUCCGAUUUAAUGUUGCGGCUGCGAGAGCUAGAGGGUUGGGUGGCCGACUUUCGUAUGCCUUCAUCAAUUUGGUUGGCAGGAUUCUUUAAUCCUCAGUCGCUCCUUACAGCUAUCAUGCAACAGACGGCACGCAAGAACGAAUGGCCCCUCGAUAGAAUGUGUCUUAAUUGUGAUGUCACCAAAAAGUGGAAAGAGGAGCUUACAACUGCACCCCGGGAGGGUGCCUAUGUUAACGGUCUUUUCAUGGAGGGAGCACGAUGGGACAUGAAAAUGGGAAGCAUUGCAGACGCCUUUUUAAAGGAACUUUUUCCAGCUAUGCCAGUUCUUUACAUAAAGGCAGUUACCCAGGACAAACAGGAUACUAAAGGAUACUUGGAUUUGCUCCCCGGUUUUUAUUUUGUAACUGCACCCCGGGAGGGUGCCUAUGUUAACGGUCUUUUCAUGGAGGGAGCACGAUGGGACAUGAAAAUGGGAAGCAUUGCAGACGCCUUUUUAAAGGAACUUUUUCCAGCUAUGCCAGUUCUUUACAUAAAGGCAGUUACCCAGGACAAACAGGAUACUAAAAAUGUCUAUGAGUGCCCAGUUUACAAAAUUCG